CUAUUAAACACAUUAUUUAUUUUGUUAAAAUUAACUAAAAAGAAAAUAAAAAAUGACUGAACGACAUUCAGAAGGCUCUAAUAUAGCAAGCGAAACUUUUAAACCGAAAGUUAGGUGGGCAAUCCCUCAGAGGCUGGAUUUUAUGACAUUCGUCGGCAGAGACGUGUUGGCUGUUGCCCACGAUAUCUACAUCAUAUUUUUCAAUUUUAAGACCCAAUCAGAGCUGGUGUAUGUGGCCAACAACCAUAAAUCCGGCGACGGUGUUGAUGUAAUAGCAGGUCACAAAUCACAGAUGUUCGCGUUUGCUGAAAAAACAAAAAACGCUAGAAUAUUCAUAGUGAUGUAUCCGAGUUUCGUCAUUCUAUCCGAACUACAAGAUAAAGACGUUAAUCGCUACAAGGGACUGUGUAUGAUGGAAUGUGACCUGAUAGCCGGCUUCAGCGGCUUCCCUAAUUACCUGAUCUCGGUGUGGAACUGGCGCACCCAUCAGCGGCUCAUUUCCGUGCCCACGGGCGUGAUACGACGCAGCCAAAUUUAUAUGGCGAGUCGUACACACUUGCUAGUGUGCGAGUGCUGGGGCGAAGGUCUGAUCGUGUGGGAGGUGGCACAAUGUUACAAGAAAUGCUUUGUUAUGAAGAGACUCAAAGAGGAGAAAACAGGCUGGGAGGUGUCUGUGCCGUCUCUAAUCGGCGUUUGCUGGAACAGCGAGGGGCAGUUGUAUGCAAUCGAUCCUGAUGCCAAAUUGUACAGCGUGCUGUCUGACGGCAUCGGUAUGGUGACGAAUUUAGAAUGGUGCGAAGACAUAAAAGGGAACAUAAAGCCUCGCGUAUGUUCCUUCGGCAGCGGCUUACUUAUUUACGGGCCAGACAAGUAUUUAAGGUCAUUAAAGAAAACUGAAACUAAAUGGCAAGUGGUGUGGAAGUAUUUGCUUCACGAUGAGGUGGUGCGGCUGGUUUCUAACGCGAACUCAGAUGUCGCCGCUAUCUGGACAGACAGCGGGUUCGUGUAUAAAAUUACUGGAGAGUCAGAGGAGAAGAUAGAUGUCAAAUUAUUCACGUUCAAGCAGAGGAACGUCAUGAAGAUCCAACUGAUUGCGCCGGAUUGUAAACAUAUCGCCAUGGUCAAUGAUAAAGGAAUUCUUUGUAUUUAUGAAGUGGACUCUGCUAAAUUGGUGUCAAUGAAGUAUAUAGAAGGUGAGGAUAUAUCUUUCGAAGCAAGCCUAGUUGAUCCUAUUAUUAUUGUGUUCGGUGAUGUCGAUCAGAAGUAUGGACUGGCGCUAUUAAAAUUCACCCCGGAGGAAGGCCUCCACAAAAUAGGUAGCAUGUGCCUGACGCAGCAGAUCGUAUCGCACGUUGUGUUCUCGCCCACUGGGAGAGAGCUGACUGCAGCUGCCAUGUCCGCCGGCCACAUAUUUAUCAUGAAGUUAUCCGAGGAUUUUAAACUGACGCUGGUGCGUUACGCGGAGCUAGGCCGCGGUCUCGCCGACUCCUUCCUCAUGAAGGUGGGCGAAUCCAUGCGCUCAUUCAGUCUUGUGCUUUUCUCCGACAAAUACGCAAUAGGUGAGCGUAUAAUAUGCAUAAACGCUGACACGGGCAAAGACAACAAGUUCGCGGGCAAGAUGCAGGGUCCUUACGCGCGGCUGCUGCCUCUAGCGACCAAGGACACUAUGCUGGGCAUUCCGCACAUCUCCAAGCAGUUCCAUGUACUCAAAUUAUCUGGUGAAAAAGGCGUAACGAUCUCGGUGAAGAUGGGCCCGAUCAUCGAGUCCGGGCACGACAUGCGCCAGUUCGGCGGGUACUUCAACAACGUCGCGGUGCUGACCUACGGCUAUGAUGGCACGGUCAUCAUACGGCAGCCGGACGCGCCGUCUGAGUACGUUUGCAAACAGAUCGUUACCCACCGCUACGAAUGCGGCAUCCGACAAGCUCUUGUGGAUGGCGAAAGAAGUUAUAUCACACACUUGGCCGGCAAUCGUACUAUAGCCGUAUUGCGGCUCCAUGACCGCGGUGAACCGGAUCCACAACACGAACCGCUAAACAAGAACAUCUUCGAACGGAACGGAAACACGCUUUUAAUCAUCAAUGAUACAGACAAAACAUACUUAGAUUUGCAAGAGGAGAAGAAAGUCCGCGAAGAAGCGUUGGACUACAAACAGCAGCGCGAAGAGGUGGUCCGGGCAUUUGAAGCGAUACAGUCUCGACUGGUGGCGCUGUUGGAGGAGAAUCUAUCGGAGCCGCCGCUACACCAACUCUCACUGGCAGAGUUUAACUUGCAUCUUGAGCACAAGAAGGAGAGGCUCAAGCAGGCGGAGCGCGAACGAGAAGAUAUCCGGCUAAAGACAGAGGCUCGUAUCCGCGCCCAGGACAAGGUCACCGCGUGGAUCAAACGGACCUGCUGGGACACCAUGCUCACGCCCAGAGUCAAACUGUUUGCUAUAUUCAGUCAUUACCAAGUAGAGAAUUAUGCGGUGCUGCCGACGCAGCGCGACUAUUGGCCAGAGUUGCAGCAGAUUGAGGCAUUGCGUGCUAUAGAGAUGGAGAACGACGCCGCAGUCUUUCGACCCUGGGAAGAGACGAUUGACAGAGCGAGCGCCGACAAGAGCCAAAUACCGCUCCCGGAGAGCUCGGUGAUGUCGGUGAAGGAAGGCCGCAAGAGCAUGGAGAGCAAGGUGGGCGAGUUUAAGCAGCAGGAGUCGGAGGAGGUGGCCGGCAACCCUCACGCGCUGUACGGCACUAGUGCGCACAAGUUCAUGCAAUUGCCCGCCUACAUGAUACCGCAGACGUUUGCUUUCUCCUUCCUGCACAUGAAUUGGCUGCAGCACAUCGUCAAGCUAAAUGUACAGAACAUGCGGCUGUGGUUCAACAAGCAAUUUGAUGAUCUGAUGAACCUCAAGAAGCGGGAGGUUGGCCUCGUCGAAGAGCGAAAUGCGAGGCUACGCUUCAUUGUAGAGGAGUUAAACAAGCUGUCGGAUCUGCGCGGCAGCUUCCAUCACUUAGUUAUAGACAUCAAGAACCCUGAGUGGCGACAGGAGGAACUGCCAGAGCGUUUGAUCAAAGUCGAUCCAGAAGAAUGCAGCAUCGAACCGUACAUCAGUCCAAGCCAGAUCGUGAUUUCACCACCUGAACCGAAGCCAAAGGACGACUUCCGCGAGCGCGCUUUAAUGGAGAUGAUGGACGGUGUGCUUGAGAAACUAUGGCAUGAGGAGAUCAAGAAACCGAUACCGAUGCCUCAAUGCAUGUUGGAGAAAGAUCCUGAGCAUUUCAACGAGGAUGACCUACGGCUUGUGUUCGAGUACGAAGAGAAGGUGGCGUCCCGCAACGAGGAGCGGGACAAGUACCGCAAGAUGCUGCACGCCGAGUAUGCCAAGCUCGCGCAGGUGCUCGACGAGGGCAUCGUCAAAUUCAACCAGAAGGUGAAGGAGUUGUGGCUAACCAAACUUCAAGUGGACUCUGUUAUUGGCCAAGAGAAUCUAAAUCUGAUGCGCUUACGUCGUAUUAACUUGGACCGAGUUGAAAUGGAUGAAAAAUUAGAGGAUAUGCGAGCAGAAAUAUCACGCUUGGAGGGCGAAAUAGAGGUGCUGCAGAAAGAGGCAAACAGUGCAGCUGUGCAGGCCGAGGAGUGUCAGGCGACGUAUGAUGCGCUUGCGCAGAAGGACAAGUACAUGGAGCGCACCUUCAAAAACCACUUCGCGGAUCUCUCACCGAUCAUCGUCGACCAGUGCUACAAGUUCUACAAGAAGCGUCCGAAGUGGCAGCAGCGCGCGUCGCACACGCCGGCCGUGCUGAACGAGCUGGCCGGAGCGGUGCUGGCGGCCGCACGCCCGCCGCUGUUGCACCCCGACUGCCUCGACUACUACAAGGGGGUGGAACAGUUGGACCUGAUCAGCAACAUGCCGCCGGUGAUGGACGACGGCCUGUGGGCCACGAUGUGCAAGCUGCGACGCGCCAAAAUAGAGAACGAGAUACGCAUGCGGGCGAUAGUGCAGGAGAUAGCGUAUGUGGACAGCAUGAGCAAUGGGUGGAGCAAGGCGAUCGCGGCGCGACGGAACUUGCUCGCCAACAUGCACGAGCGCAUCCACCAGCAUCGGGAGGCUGUCGAGCUCGCCGCCAGGAACAGAACCAUACAGCUGGUCUUGCCCGCGGGGCAAGUGGAAAUAAUAACGACCGGCCACAUGGAGGACUUCGAAGAUGCCACCCUUAUACUGCGUGAGGACAUCGAAAAGAUCAACAAUGUUAUAUUGAAAGUAGGCGAAAUGAAGUUGCGCAUGAUGCGCAAACAGAUGGAGUUCCGCAAGGGCAUCCUCAGCAAGGAGUGGGAGCACGCGCAGACCAAGAUGAAGCUGCGCCACAUGGAGCAAGAGCUGCAAUCAUACAAGCGGCUUAAGAUCCCGAAGGAGUUGCAGUUGUAUCUGAAGAACAAGGAGCUCGGCUACACGGAUGAGCAGGACUACGUGCGCAUGGAGAAGGAGAUGGAAGCUUCCAAGGUGUCAGUCAACAAGAUGCUCACAGAGCAGAUACAUCAAGUCGAAGAGUUGGAGUUGAAAAUCAGUGCGAUAGAAGCGCAGUCGGCACAGCUGGAGAACCUGAUCGCAUCGCUCAAUGUGAAAGUGUCCGAGAAGCGGCUCAACGAAGACCCUCUCGAACCGAUACGCAUUCGCAGGAUCUUCAAACGGAGGAUGGAGACCUUGGUGAUGCGCAGUCAACUGGUGCGCGAGGUACAGGCGAACCACAGCAGCAUCGUGCUGCUGCAGACCGAGCUGGAGCUGCUGCGGCUCAAGACCUACCCCACACUGGCCAGCUUCCGCACCUUCUCCUAACUGUAAUGUCUACCAACUACCUAGAAUAUACAGAGUGAUACAAACA